AUGCAUAUAGUGUUUUGGCUGACAAGAGCUGUAAUAUCUGAGGCAAAGAACAACUUUCGAUCGGAGUACGUUUCUUCGAUGAAAAAAGAAAAUGAAAUACGAGAAGAGUUUUUGGGCUUCGUCGAAAUGAAGCAGAUGGUCGCUUUGUCGAUUGCCUUGAUGUUUAAAACUUUUUUUAAAGCUGUAAGGGAUGAUCUUUAUAAAAGCGUAGGUCAAAGAAAUGACGGUUGUUCGACAAUGGCCGAUAAAGGCCUACGCGAUUAUUUCCUAAAGGAGUUUAUUUUCACUGUGCAAGUCACAAACUUAUCUAAAUAA